CGUACGGCUCUUAGCCUUCUACGAGGUCCUUAAGCUGUACUACCCAUUCGAAAAGUCAAGACGCUUGUGUUCUAAGAGAAAAACUCACCGCUAUCGAAGACGUUGAUAUCUUCAACGGCAACCUGUUAAUAGUGCGUUUUCAUAUUUCCAUGUGUACAGUGAUCCUCCGCUAAUGAAUGAUGGAUAAGUUAACUGUCAGAAGAAGCAUUCUAGUGCUAACGGCAGCCAUAUCUUUUCUGCAUUACGGUAGUACCCAAGAGGAUGGUGAAGUGUACAAGGGAAAGUAUUUGGGUAAAUUCAAUGCUUAUCAUCAUCAAGUCUCUGGUGAUGUUUAUGCUGUCGAUGAGUACACAUUACUGUUAACGUCGUUCAGCUACGAUGGAAAUGGAGCAGACACCUUCUUUUGGGCAGGAGCCACGAAUCGUCCUGGUCCACAAGGAUUCAUUGUACCCAACGAAUGGGGAAUAACAAACGUGCUUGAUCGAUAUUUUAAUAAGGACAUAACGUUGACGUUACCCGAUAAUAAGAAGAUCACGGAAAUCAAAUGGUUCGCCAUUUAUGAUCUCACGAGUCAGAAUACAUUCGGGGAUGUAUAUAUCCCAGAAGAAUUUGAUCCUCCAGCACCUCAGAAGAUAUCACAAUUAACAAAGAGAUCGCACAAUGUAUCGUCCGAGUCUAUUGUUAUUAUAGAUGCAAAAACAAUAAGCAUCCCACAGUUUAUUUAUGAUGGUCAGGGUGCUGACACUUAUUUCUGGGUAGGAUCAGGUCCACAGCCUUCUAGUAAAGGAAUAAAAGUUCCAGACGAACAUGGAUAUUUGGAUCCAUUACGAGCUUAUAAUAGUGAAGAUGUGAUUAUUCAAUUACCUGGUGAAAUGACAGUUUUUAAUAUUGACUGGUUGAGCAUCUUUGAUGUGGAAACAAAAACAAAUUUUGGUUCUGUUGUUAUAUCAAAUGGUCUGAAUGUACCACCCUCUCUUGUAAAGGUCAAGAAACAUGCAAAAGCAUAUCCUAAUUGCAUUCAGUUGCAUAAAAGGUAUCACGUGAGUUGGGAAAUCUUUGGACCUGCAAUUACUAUUCAACUGGCUGGUCAAGUAGGGGAAGACGAGUACAUGGCAUUUGGAUUGUCUGGUUCUCAAGAACGUAGUCAAAUGGAAGGUGCUGAUGUUACUAUUGCCUAUUUGAUUGAUACACGUGGCUAUGCUACUGAUUAUAAUAUCACUGCUAAGGCACCGUGCGGAAAAGUUCUUGGCCAGUAUAGAGGAGUAUGUAAAGAUGAGCUUGUCGGUGGUUUGGACAGUAACCAGCUUCAUACAGCAGUUCGAGAAGAUGGGAUCAAUGUUAUAACUUAUAGACGUACACUUAUCUCUUCUGAUCCUGGGGACAAGGAAUAUCCAACUGAUAGACCAGUCUACAUAGUCUGGGCACUGGGUAGAUUAGAUGAGAAUAAAGAACCAAGUUUUCAUGAUGUCUAUCCUAAAGGUGACCUGAAGUUAGUUUUAAAUCGCACAGAACAUGAGUAUAAUUGUAUGGACUUUACAGAGAGUGAUCAGGACUUAAGUGAACCUUGGGAAAAGGCUGAAAUUUUUGAUAAAAGUAUUAGAACCUUUAAAGCAUGGAUUGGACCAUCUGGUGGUAAAAAGGGUUAUCAAGGAAUGACAGGUCAAACGUCAACUGGCCUGGCUUGGUACAUCAAUGGACAAUUGAUACCAGAAUUGUAUUUACGCCGGGGUUUAACGUACAAUUUUAAGGUUCAUGGUGGAAAUAAUCCACAUAGUGCAACAACGUAUCAUCCAAUAAUUAUAACAGAUGAGCCACACGGUGGAUACGAUAGACUCAGUGAUACUGCUCAAAGUAAAGUUAGAGUACUUGCUGGAGUAGAAUUUACUAGGAGAGGUAGACCAAGGCCUACAGCUGUCGGUCCACUCUGCCUUGGCAAACACAAUGGACGUGAUAGAAGGUUGGAUGAUGAUUUUCCAACUUUCAAGAAAUUCAACAGAACCUUGGUAGUCAAUUGCGAGUCAGAGGAAUCUGGUAUUUUGGAGGUGACUCCGAAUUCUACGUGGCCUGAUACCGUUUAUUAUAAUUCAUUUACUCAUGCGAAUAUGGGCUGGAAAAUUCACGUGGUUGAUGCGUACGCGAAAAAUGGAGCGAUUGCAUUUCGCUUGAGUUGGUUAGUAGGAGUUUUAGCUGUAUUUUUUCGUAUCUUAUAAAGUCAGAUUUAAAGUCGUAAGAUUGCUCAAUUCUGUCGGCUAUGUAACUUUUCGCUGAACUGGAAAAGGACCUCGUUAAACACUCAAAUACUGUUAAUGGUGUAAUAAUAAGUUACGGCUGAAACAAGUGAACUCUCAGGCAAGUUACUCUUUUUCGUGUUGAUUAAUAGAUUCUCUUUAUGGCGAGGGAGAAUAAAUCCAAAACAUAUUUUUGAAUUUAUUACGCUAAGCUACUUCUUUAGUGUGAAAAAUACCAAAAGGAAAUUAAUUUUCAAUUGUUAUAUGCAUAUAGGGUGUUAUAUGAUCAAUGAAUAAUCUGUAUGUUGAGAUUUUAGGCUUUCGCGGCCAAUAUUAUCAUUAAUACUCAUGGUUUCCGGAUGAAAGCCGCGUCUGUAUUCAGCUUCGUGCCAACGUUUCGCAAACGUUUCAGUCUGCAUCAUCAGAGCUAGGAGGCUCCGAUACUAGGAGGCUCCAAUACUAGCCCUGAUGAUGCAGACUGAAACGUUUGCGAAACGUCGGCACGAUUGAACACAGACGCGGCUUCCAUCCAGAAACCACGAGUAUUAAUUUGUACGUUAUUCAAAAUUAUAAUAACACCUUAUGUCUUUCUUGAAAAUCUGCGUAAAGUGUUAUUUCGUGUACGCUUUGGGAAUUCUUGUUACUUGAAUUCGAGGAUAGUCAAAUUUCGUGUGAUUUAUGGUGGUAUUGUUAUAUCAUGAUAGAUUGUAAUAAUAUUUUAAUCUUUAAUACAUUAUCUGUUGCGAUAUCAAAGAUCAUGAAGACUUUAACAAUGUGCAUACGAACAUUAAAAUAUUGUUUAAUUUAUA